AUGUGGCCGUUUCAGCGCGGAGAGAAGUCGCUGCCGAAGCUCGUCAUCCACAACAACAGAGUCAACCUCACGGCCCACGCCGAGAGAGGCAAUCUACGCAACCUCAAGGCCACCGUGCAGAAAGCCCUGGCGUCCUCGGAAGCGUUUCUCCUACAAAGCGACGGAUCGGAUGACGCCUCCUCCAACGGACUACUGCCCAUAGCUCGGUGCUGGGCCGUUGUGCGAGCCUCGGUGGGCGGCCACACGGAAGUCGUACGCUACUUCGUGGAGAACUUUUCUGACAUAGUCUCCGCGGGCUCUCCAGUUGAGCCCGUCCUGAGAACCAAGCCGAAGGAACUGCCCAACUGCUGUCGACAGGGAAAGGCGUGGCACCGACACAGUCCGCCGGCUAUAGCUCUCCACUGGGCCGCUUCCACGGGCAACAUCGAGGUCCUGAAGAUCUUGAUAGGAGCCGGGGCCUCAGUCGAGUGGAGAGAUGAGCUGGACAGAACACCCCUACACUGGGCGGCCUACUUCAGGAGGGACAAGGCCGUAAAGUACUUACUAUCGUGCGGAGCAAAGGUAAACGCAUCGAAUCUACACGGGAUCACCCCGCUCAUGGACUGCCUGAAAGGUGUUCCGUUUCACAGCCAGUUGGAGACAGUACAGCUAUUGAUGGGUAGGGGGGCAGAUAUUGGAGUGACUACAGCAGACGGAGCCACCGUGUUCCACAUUAUAUCUGUUCUUCCGCCGGACGAGAGCUGUAAACUCCUCUCACUGUUGGUGCAGAGCGACCGUCAGAAGGCAGUGUCGCUGCUGUUUGACGUGCCACAUGCAGCCAGGUACACCCUACUCCCAGCUGUACUCCACGCAGCUCAGGAGAACAAACGGGAAUUUGUGGAGUGCGUGGUGUGUCGUUUCGAAACCUGUCACCCUGCGUUAAUAGCCGACGCCCUCCUUGGCCUCAGCACCCACUGCACCGACGUCGAUACUAUCGCAAAGUUCUGGCGACGAGCGUUUCAGAUCCGAGAACAGAAAAACAUCGAAGUCGAAUUUCUUCCCAGCACCAGUGCGUAUGGCGAUCGGGAGGAAGUGGCAACGUGGGAACGAGCGAGAGAGCUACUGGACGGUCAUCCCGGUGGGUCAAUAACAAACGUUGGCCGUGAAGAUCUUCAGUAUCAACUGGCGAUUAUACAGGAGCGGAUCUUCGGGCUGGGUAACCCACACGUGGUGGAGUUUCUCUGGUCCAGUGCCUCAAGCCUCUGCUACAGCGGGCAGCUUCGACUGGCAGAGAGAUUCUACCUGCGAGGCUUGGAGCUUCUCCUAGUGUGUCUCAGCUCAAAGAGGUACCCCAUCGAUCUCUCUGUCUCCACCAACCAGCCCCAGAGCGAAAUAUCGUACAUGAUCCGCUGCAGUUACGUCCCCGAGUUCUCCCGCUACGUCCGACUGUAUCUCGACGCUCUUGUUCUGAUCGGAGAGGUGGCCGGGGGCGGGGAGAACGACUCGCAGUUUCGCAGGGACCGUCUGGCCGAGUUCUGCAACUACCUCGCGCAGACCGCCUUCCUAGUGCUGUGUACGUGGGCCUACUUUGCUCACGAGAACUACACCCUAGCAGAAAACGCAUCGGUUCAGUGCGAGAUUGCUGAACUUGGUCAGCAGCUCCUGGAGCGAGCUUCUUUUGUCCUCUGUUACUCACUGGUGGAGGUGUCCACAAAGACAACCGAGUGGGUGAAGGCUGACAAGAGACUGGAGUACAAGCAGUUCAUUCAAAAGGCCCUGUUGUCCUGGGCAAGGCUCGCCUGUGCGUUCGACGCCAUGGACUCAAACGGACAACGACCGCUCCAUCUUCUGUUUGUUAGGUCGAACCCCGACUCCAACCUUCUCAAGAUACUUUUAGACAACGGCGCACACAUUGACGCUGUCAACUCCUCGCUGAAGAGAGCCAUAGGUGUGUUCCGGGAGCACCAGAGACCCAGCUCGCUCCCCGGCGUGGAGCCAUUACUCAUCCCUCCCUCUCCGCUCUCCCUCACCUGCCUCGCUGCAAAGGCUGUCGUGGCUACCCAAGUCCCUUACCAGAGAAUGGAGAACGUACCACCCAGAGUCAAGAGACUAGCAAGCCUCCACGACCCAAAUACUCGACGGGGACAGUUUGUGCACACUACCUCUCUCUCGCGCGCGCGCUCGCGCUCCAUCCACCAGAAGAUGCCCAGAGAGAUGGAGUCGUUUUUCUGUCUCUUGUGCCUGCUAGUAGCUGUUAUAAGGAAUGAGGCGGCAGCGGAGAGCUGCAUCUUCUCCUUCCCGUCUACCAGUGACCCUAGCGAGUGCGAGACGUACGACCUCUCCAAGAUAGCCGCUCUGGGAGGAGCUAACAUCACCAGCUCGUACACCUACGUCCUGACCGUGUGCGAGAACCUGGCGUCCUCCAGUGUGCCUGCACCGUGCAGGUCCCAGCCUCCCGCCCCUGCCUACCAGUACAGCAACAGCGAUACCUCCUGCAUCGCCAUUGGAAACCUCAGCUCCCCCUUUGCCUAUCCAGUCGAUCCAACUGACAGUACAGCUGGCAUUAGGAUCGGCUACAACAACGGAGAUGGGGUAUACGACAACUACUGGCCGAGGGCUGUCAUCAUAGACUUCUACUGCGACGAAUCUGCCGGUAUAGGGACCCCACAAUAUGUCAUGGAGAGUCCAUCGUACACAUACAAAGUGAGAUGGCCGAGUGCAUUUGCCUGCCCAGCGACUGCCUCAAAAGGCCAGUCGUGCCCUCUGCCAAAGUUUGAACCGACUUGGGAUUCCUUGAGGUUCCGUCCCAGGCCGUCCUGGUUCGACAAUGUCAAGUUUGGAAUAUUCAUUCACUGGGGAAUAUUCAGUGUCCCGGCGUUCAAGAACGAAUGGUACUGGAAACGUCUGAUGGAUGGAGAUGCAGACUACGUGGAGUUCCACAACAGGGUCUACGGCUGCUCUGGAGUCGAACCGGACAAGUUCCCCUGUACCGGUCCCAACUUUACAUAUCCUGAGUUUGCCCCCAUGUUCAAGGCAGAACUGUGGGACCCAGACGAAUGGGCCAACCUCUUCAAGAAUGCCGGAGCCAAAUAUGUGGUGCUGACCUCCAAGCACCACGAGGGUUGGUGCAACUUCAAAAACUCGUACCAUUGGAACUGGAACAGCAUCGACGAGGGACCAAAACGAGAUCUGGUCGGUGAUCUCACCAACAGCGUCAGGAAGGCAGGUCUGCGAAUGGGACUCUACCAUAGCCUGCGAGAGUGGUUCAACCCUGCUUAUAUUGCGGAUCAAGCUGAUAAUUGCUCAACUACAACUUUCGUGGACGACAUCCUCCAACCCACCAUGAAACAGAUGGUGGAGGAGUAUCAGCCGGAGGUGAUAUGGGCAGAUGGGGCCGGUGACUCUCCGUGUACCCACAGCUCCAUAAAGUACUGGAAGUCUCCUCAGUUCCUCAGCUGGCUGUACAACGAGAGCCCCGUCAGUAUGACCACUGUGGUCAACAGCAGAUUUAGCCCGGGUCAUCUGGUUCCCAACAAGUGGGAGAGCUGCUACACCAUACAGGAGUCCUCCUGGGGCUAUGACAGGACCGAGGGGAUUGAUCAGUUCUGGAGCACCCUGAGACUUCUAAAACAGCUCGUGGAAUCAGUCAGUUGCAACGGGAACCUGUUGCUGAAUGUCGGUCCCACCCACGAUGGGAGGAUUGUGCCUGCCUUCCAGGAGAGACUGUUGGAGAUGGGAGCCUGGCUCAAGAUCAAUGGAGAGGCUAUCUACGACAGUAUUCCGUGGAAGUUUCAGAACGACACGGAAGACAUGAUGAUCUGGUACACAUCCUCCAAGGACGCUAAGACUGUCUAUGCCAUCUCCUUCAAAGCCCCAACUCCAGGGGAGGAUUUUGUACUGAAGAAAGCGGUGGCCACGGAAUCCACGGAGGUCUCCCUGCUGGGCUACGAUGAAGGUCCUCUGGAAUUUACUGCCAGCCCGGCUGGACUCAACAUUAGGAUUCCUCUCAUUCCAUUCGGAGAGCUCAAGUAUGCCUGGACCUUCAAACUCACCUACUUGGCGUGAAAGCAGCAGACUGUGGGUUUAUGCGCCACAUAUACUGUAAAAGUAUUUCGUUGUAUAUACUUCAAAUUUUGUUUUUAGUUGCGUGUGGCAUUAUUACCAUGGAUACAUGUUCAUAAAAACAAAAAAUUUACUGCUAGGACUGCUAUAUUAUAUAACAUUAUGGUGCGAGAGCCAAAUCACAGUACUAUAAUACUAAACAGAACUAAGAAGACCCUGUGUAGAACUCCAAUACAACAAUUUAUGUCUUUUUCUCAGAUUUUAGUUCCUUUGCCCACUCCCUUAGUUUUGCGUAUGCUGCCUGGAGGGUAGCGUCGUCCUUGAUGAAGCAAAAACGAACAAACUUCUCAACGAGGUGUUUGUUGGCUGGACUGAAGAAGGCAGAAGGUGGUAUAGUCGCAACACCCUUUUCUCUUGUCAUCCACUUUGUAAACUGAAAGUCGUAAGGUUCAUCAUUACCCGAGUCAAAUUUUAUCCCUGAAAAUGUAAGGAUGUCGUAUAUUGAGCCACUACCAGCAGGAAAAUUUAUAGGCUGUCUCUCUUAAAUUUUACGAGCACGAAAAUUUUUUUAUCCUCGCUUAAACUUUCCCACUACACGGUGAAAUCUUCAAGUCAGGAUUAGUUAUGAAACAUGGGAGAAUGAAAAAGAGUAGAGAGAGAGGGGCAGGAGGGUGUGAG